AUGUUGUUUCAGGGUUUUCUUCAGGACCUGUUCCUUCAGCACAGGAAGUCCAUCACCCCGGAGAAGCUGGAGGAGUAUACUGCUGCCAUGAUGAAGAUGUUUGACAAAAACAACGAUGGCAGACUGGAUUUGAACGACUUGGCCAGAAUUUUGGCCUUGAAAGAGAACUUCUUACUGAAAUUUAAGAUGGAUGCGUCCAGUCAGGAGGACAGAAAGAGGGACUUUGAGAAGAUAUUCACUCAUUAUGAUGUUAGUAAGACGGGUGAGUUAGAAGGCCCUGAGGUGGAUGGAUUUGUCAAGGACAUGAUGGAGCUUGUCAAG